AGACGAAAUUGCGUGUAAAGAUGUUUUACUUCUUACUAUUAAUUGUUAUUUUCCUAAUAACAUAUGAGUAUUACAAAUAUAUAAUCAGUAAACCACCAGGAACACCUCCAGGAAUCGUUGGAUUGCCGAUAAUAGGAGCUUAUUGGCAUUUGUUAUGGAAGAAUUACAAAUAUCCACAUAAAUCAUUGAAUUAUUAUACGAAAAAAUUAAAAUCUAAAGUAAUUAGUUGUUAUUUGGGCUCGUUUUUUACGGUAAUAGCUAAUGAUUAUGAAAGCAUAAAAGAAAUAUUAACGAGAGAAGAAUUCGAUGGUAGAUUAACUGAAGCCUAUGCCUUGAAAGCACGUGCAUUCAAUCAAAAAUUAGGUAUAUUCUUUACGGAUGGAGAACAGUGGCGAGAACAAAGAAGAUUUGCUCUUCGACACAUGCGAGACUUUGGAUUUGGUCGACGACACGAAUCAUUUGAAACGAAAAGUAGAGAGGAAUUAAAUAUCUUAAUGGAUUUGUUAAAGAAUGGUCCUAUGAAUGAAGAUGAAAAGAAAAUUUAUAAUAAUGGAUUGGCUCUUUUCCCCGAUAUUUUUUAUCAAUUCUUUGUAAACAACAUAUGGGAAAUUAUGUUUGGAUACAGAUUUGAACGUAAGGAUUAUGAAAAACUUCGUUAUUUCUCUCGAAAUGCAAUUAAAUUCCAAAGAUCAGGCGACACAACAGGUGGUGCUCUCCUCAUUUUUCCAAUCACAUGUCACUUAGGAAAUUUAUUUUCAUUUAAAGAUUUAAUGGAUUCGAAUUAUGCUAUGAUCAAUUUCAUAAAGAAAUAUUUGCAUGAAUAUAAAGCAAUGUACGGGGAAGAUGACGAACAUGGAUUUGUUGGCAGAUAUUUAAAGAAGUUAAAGGAAAACGAUCUUCCUUCUUCUUUUUCAGAAGAAUAUCUUAUAAUGACACUGAUUGAUUUCAUGUUUCCUAAUGCAACUGCGACAUCAAGUCUUCUUACGUUUGCUAUCAAAUUUAUGAUGCAUUUUCCAAAUGUUGCGAAAAAAGUGAGAAACGAAAUAAACGAUGUUAUUGGAAGUGGAAGAAUACCUACUUGGGAGGACAGAAAUAAACUCCCAUACACAGAAGCGACUCUACGUGAAACUAUGAGAUACGAAACGAUUACUCCUUUAAGUGUUGCUCAUAGAGCUACUAAGGAUACGACAUUUCAAGGAUACUUCAUUCCAGCUAAUACGAGUAUGAUAACCAAUUUAGACGGAAUGAAUAACGAUCCCGAUUUUUGGGGCGAUCCAGAAAACUUUAGACCGGAGAGAUUUUUAAAAGACGAUGGACAACUUAAUAAAGAUUUUACGUUACCUUUUGGAGCAGGACAUAGACUGUGCGCUGGUGAAACGUACGCGAGGUUUACGGUAUUUGAAGUUUUUGCAACUUUAAUGCAAAACUUUGAAUUUGACUUCGUCGAUGGUCAACCGACAAGCUUAGAAGAUAAAUUUCCUGGCAUCAUUACUACUCCAAAAGAAACUUGGAUUCGUUUAAAUCCAUUUAUUUAAAGUGCAUUUUAUUCGAUCAACAAAAAUAUUGACAUAUAUAUAUAUAUUAAGCACGUUACAUUUAAACAAUAAUAUUUACUAU